GCCUCCAGCCUCCCCCUGACACUUCUCCUCAAUUUUAGCAAGCGUUAUUUGGGCCAAGGCGCAGCACAAAGUCACACCUGGCAGAACUUACCCAGAUCAUCAUUCGGAGUUCGGUACCGGUCCAUCCAUCACAAAAAGGGUCCUUGUUUUGCCCCCCGUCUUCACCGCACCUCCAACUUGACGCACCGCCUCUCGCCGUCAACAGGUCACCAUCGCCGGGCUUGCGUGGAGGUCUGAGUCGGUACGGCCCGGUCCACUGGACUUGGAGGGAGACCAUGCACUGCUGAUUGUGGACUUUGGAGCGGGGAGAAAGGUUCUGUGUGAAGAAGUUUGGCGCUUAUUUGCCAUCAUCACCGCAUGCAAGCAAGCGAAGAUCUACAAAGAAAAAAGUGCAAGUUCAAGAAUUAAUACUUUGAGGUUGUUGUUGUUUUGGGUUUUUUUUUUAAUAAAAAAGGGACAUUUUCACCCCAAACAUUUAUCAUUUGAGCAAAUCUACGAUGAGCAAACCUGCCGGCUCAACAAGUGGCUGUUUGGAUAUUAUCAAUGUCAAAUCAAGUCGCAUCCUGGACAUCCCAUGCAAAGUGUGCGGGGACCGCAGCUCAGGCAAACACUAUGGCGUCUACGCCUGUGACGGCUGCUCGGGCUUUUUCAAGAGGAGCAUCCGCAGAAACAGAACUUAUGUGUGCAAAUCUGGCUCUCAGGGGGGGUGUCCUGUGGAUAAAACUCACAGAAACCAAUGCAGAGCAUGCCGUUUGAAAAAGUGCCUGGAAGUGAAUAUGAAUAAAGAUGCCGUUCAACAUGAAAGGGGACCCCGGACGUCCACCAUCCGAAAGCAGGUGGCCCUGUACUUCCGAGGUCAUAAAGAGGUGAACGGAUCGUCCACACAUUUCCCGGGUUCCUCGAUGCCGGGCCCCCCCUUCUUCACCACGGUCACACAACUGGAGCCUCACAGUUUGGAGAUGAGCGCAGUGGCAAGCACACCAGAGAGACAGGCCAUUGUGGGCCUGGCACAGCCUACCCCUAAGUACCCCCACGAGGUCAACGGCACCCCUAUGUACCUGUACGAGGUGGCCACAGAGUCGGUGUGCGAAUCGGCGGCCCGCCUCCUCUUCAUGAGCAUCAAGUGGGCAAAAAGCGUGCCCGCCUUCUCCACGCUCCCCUUAUCUGACCAGUUGAUUCUGUUGGAGGACGCUUGGAGGGAAUUGUUCGUCCUGGGCAUCGCACAGUGGGCCAUUCCUGUAGACUCCACCACUCUACUCGCCGUUUCUGCAGGGAUGAACAGCGAAAACACGGAAUCCCAACGGAUGAACAAGAUCAUGUCCGAGAUCCAAGCGCUCCAAGAGGUGGUCACCAGAUUCCGUCAGAUGCGGCUGGAUGCCACGGAGUUUGCCUGUUUGAAAUGUAUUGUGACGUUCAAAGCUGUUCCUGCGCACGGUAACACAGAAUUAAGAAGUUUCCGCAACGCAAGUGCCAUUGCUGCUCUACAGGAUGAGGCACAACUAACACUCAACAGCUACAUUCACACCAGGUACCCCACACAGCCCUGUCGAUUCGGAAAGCUGCUCCUGCUUCUCCCGGCCUUGCGCUCGGUCAGCCCAUCCACCAUUGAGGAGGUGUUCUUCAAGAAGACCAUCGGCAACGUUCCCAUCACCAGGCUCCUUUCAGACAUGUACAAAUCCAGCGACAUAUGAAGCUUCGCCUGCUUUGGAGAAGAAAAAGACUUGAAGCUGAGGGGCUCUGAGACCCACCCAGCAGGCCAUAGUGUUAGCACAACAUCUGUACUUUUUUUUGCUUGUUUAAGCAUUGGGUGACAUGAAAGAAGACACUUCAAUACAUCAAGUAGCCUGGUAACAGUCACUAUAGUAAAGGAGUAGUGUAACCACCAUCAUAAUUUACUUGUACGAGGAAAUGAGCACUGGGGUGGGCAGAGGUCAGCUAUACAAUAUACAUACAAACAGAUGACUGAAGACUCUGGGGAGAAGUGAUUUGUCAAAGAUGUGUAUUAUAUAAAAACAAUUGCAAGUGUCUGUGAGACCAAUGAGCUUGACGACCAAUUUAAUAUUUUAUUGCUGUGUUCAAUCCCAGUGGAGGAAACCAAAAAAUGGCGAAGUCAGUCACUGCCCCUCCCCUUCUGGUGCUGAAAUUAAACGCAUGGAACAACUGAAGAGUCCAAGACAUGUAUAUGCGGAAAUGGGGUUGCUGUUAGGGGGAUGUUAAUGGACAUGCAGCUAAAGAUGGUGUGUGUAUUUAAGCAUUUGUGUCCAGGCGCAAUGCUAAAUUGUUUAGGUCAACUUAAGAGUUAAGACACUAACAUGGAUGAAAAAAAUAAUAAUUCAGCACUUGGAGCUGUUUUGUGGAAUAAUAUGGUGGUUUUCUUCACUUGUAAAUACUUGGAAUUAUAACUAUUUAGAGGUGAAACCAUAUGA